GCAACACGGAAAUACAGCUCGUUGAAAGUCCACUUUGGGUGUCAGUCGAACAGAGCCGCAGCAAAUUACCGCUUCAGACGAUGUAUUCGCCCGCGUUUUCGGCAUACAACUCUGUCGUGGAGACCAUGGCUUCUCUUGACUUGAGUGUUCUUGUGCUUUUUAUUUUAGCUUUCUUUGUAAUUGCUGAUAUUUGUAAGAACGCAAACCCGCGCAACUACCCGCCCGGGCCGGUGGCGCUUCCUUUCGUUGGGAACCUGUUUAGUCUCGACUUCAGCAGGCCGCAUAGUUACCUGACCAAGCUGUCGGAGGUGUAUGGGGACGUGUUCAGUUUCAGAAUCGGCAGAGACAAAACAGUUUAUGUGAAUGGCUUUAGGAUGGUCAAGGAAGCUCUUGUGGCCCAGGGGGAGAACUUUGUCGAUCGGCCAGCCAGUCCUAUGGUUCACAAAAUCUACAAAGGGAACAAUGGCAUCUUCUUCAGCAAUGGUCAAAUGUGGAAACAACAGCGGCGUUUUGCCUUGACCACCCUCCGCAACUUGGGUUUGGGGAAAAGCACUUUAGAGAAGGCCAUCGUUCAGGAAAGUAGCUACCUUCAGGAGGAGAUAGGGAAAGAGAGAGGUGAGCCCUUUGACCCUGCUGUGAUUCUGAACAACGCUGUGUCCAACAUCAUCUGCCAGCUGGUGUUUGGUAGGCGGUUUGUCUACACUGACCAGAGUUUCCAAACGCUGCUGCAAGCCCUGUCUGAGGCAAUGAAGCUAGAAGGCUCGAUGUGGGCUCAGCUCUAUGAGGCAUUUCCUGCCGUGAUGAAACAUCUCCCAGGGCCUCACAAUGUUCUGUUCCGCCACUACCAAGCCUUUGAGGCCUUCAUCAGAGCAGAGGUGGAGAAGCACAAGCAAAACCUAGACCAUGGAUCUCCUGGAGACUACAUCAAUGCCUUCCUAAUAGAGAUGGAAAAUCACAAAUACGACCCUGUUUUAGGGUUUGACGAGCUCAAUAUGGUGAUGUGCUCUCUGGACCUGUUCUUGGCUGGGACAGAGACAACCUCGACCAGCCUGCACUGGGGCCUGCUUUACAUGAUCAUACACACCGACAUCCAGGAGAAGGUCCAGGCUGAGAUAGAUGAUGUGAUUGGACACGGCCGUCAGCCCAGUAUGGCCGACAGACCAAAUAUGCCCUACACUGAUGCUGUUAUCCAUGAGAUCCAGCGGAUGGGCAACAUCGUCCCUCUCAAUCCUCCUAGGAUGGCCAACAAAGAUACAACACUUGGAGGAUUCCUCAUACCAAAGGGCACCACUUUGAUGGCAAACCUUAAUUCCGUGCUUUUUGAUAUCACCGAGUGGGAAACCCCAUACACAUUUAACCCCGCACACUUCCUUGAUAGGGAUGGCAAGUUUGUGAGGCGUGAGGCAUUCAUGCCCUUUUCUGCAGGUAAGCGUUUGUGCCCGGGGGAGGGUUUAGCCAGGAUGGAGUUGUUUCUCUUUUUUGUCAGCUUACUCCAGAAGUUCAGUUUCUCUUCAUCGGAAGGACCAGAACUUGAUCUGGAUGGCCAGUAUGGUGUCACACGCAUGCCACACCCAUUCAAGAUUCAUGCCAGACCAAGGUAGCAUGGCAUCUCUCCCAACUUUCUCCAUGACGGAGCUGUGUUAUAAUGUAAUUGCUCUACCACAAUAAACAGUUGGGCCCUGAA